AGUACUGCACCGUCGCUCGCUGCUCGCCGGAGCCGAGUUGUCAGAGUUCGAAACUGUCGGAGAGAACAACGAGACCGAGGGCUGAAAAAUCGAGCAAGCAACAGACGGGCUCCUUGGGAGUCUUAAGAGCAGUGCAAAAGACUGGAGUAUAUGAAACAAGAGUAGUGACGGAAAGUGAUCAGGCGAUUGCCUCAUUGUGAUAGCAAAUUGGCAACUUGAUCCGAAGGAACGACCGCGACAGCAACCACAGCAGCAAAAUCAAAAUAAUUAUCUUAGUAUCAUCCAUCGCCUUCUGUAGAAGCGAACCGACCAGAGAUGGAGGAACAGCAAUUAGACCAGGCAGGUGCUGCGACCACCGGGGCUGCUGCACCUGGAACAGGCGGUGCAGGUGGCCUGGAUGAAAUUGAGUUGUCCAUGGCCGAUAAAAUUCGACGUUUGGUUUCUACUGACGAGGAGUGGGAAGCCGUUCUUCUACAGAAAAUGGAAGAAAAGCGUAAUAGAGAGCCUGGUGCAGAACCUGCUCCUUCGGCAACACCCAUGCAACAGGCGGCGGCGAUCGGAGGCGCUUUAGGUAACCGCGUCACUGGGCUGUUUGGAAAGGCUAAGGGUAUGGUGCCUCCGGUGAAUCUGCCUAACAUGCCGAACAUACCCAUCCCUGGUCUUAAAAAAGGCGCAGCAGCUGCUGAGGGCGCACCAGAUGCUGGAGGUGAAUACACCCAGAUGAGCAACGAAUAGACCUUAGACCUUCGCUGCGCCGCACUGCCAUCAGUUCCACCGACAUCGUUUAGAGUGAUACUAACUAACGCUUUUAAUAAUCAUGAUGACGCGUCGUUAGUAAUAGCGCAACGCGAUCCGCGACUUUACAGCCUUCAUAGGCCAUGUGCUCUCGUUACAUGCCCUUACCGAUUCUAUGCUCUAGAGAGCUUGUUAAAAGGGGUACGAGGGUUGCCACCAAAGCAGUCAUAGUCGUUCAGUACAUAUGGAUAUCGAUGAGGGUUCAUUAUUACAUGCAUGCUAGAUGCUAGACGCUACCAUCAUCCACUGGAUACAUCCACUGGAAGUAGCAAGCAGUCAGCAAGCGAGCGCUAUCUCGUCAAGUUGCGGACGUGUCCAGCCAUACGUUUUGUUCUACCACACAAUCCCGGCCUUCAGCUGUGGGUGACUUCAGGCACAUCAGGCGUACCCCAUAAAGUCUACUCUGACAAUCGUCCUUCAACAACUAGGUUGGUCAGAAUACAAGAGAAACAAAAUACGCAGUAGAUAGUUCAAUUUCAUUGUAUAUGUUGUAUUCUUUAUCCACUUCGUUUUUCCCACCGUCUCCCUUCACCUGUAUCGUUGCUGUUGUAUGCUAUAGCUGUUUUUGGUCUGAUUGAACAUCUGUCUAUUGUCAAACCGAUAAACAUAUCUAUGCACUCUAGCUGAUCGGAAGGCAAUGCCUAUGGAGGGUUCGAUUAUCGAGGAAUGGCAAAAUGUCGCUUUAUGAAGUCGACCGACGGCCAGAGGCGAAGUCCCACUAAGUCCGUAUUAAAUUGAGAAAUGGCGGUGUACUCGCGUCACCAGGUUAAUAAUAAUUAUUUUAAUAAAUAGUACUAGACACUCAUGGCCGAGCGGUCAGUAACGAGUGCGGAAUCCGUUUUCCGUUCAGUUUGUUCAGUAAAGUGCAGCUAGACUGAGUACUGCGGCUGCUAAAUGUGUUCUUGCGUGACCGCCAUUCUGAUAGCAGAUUGGAGAAUUGCUCGCAAAAAAAUAAUAAUGAUAGGGUUUUCCUGCCAGCCAUUUCAGGGAGUCCUCACAUAUGCUUUGCCAUGUGUCAUUUUUUUUUAAAUCUUUCCUCUGGGUUUGCUAAAAAUGUCCUGGUAUGUAAAGAUCACCUUGAUCAUAGUCAGAGCGAUUAUCCUUCCUGUUAUCAAUUGAAUGAAUAUAUUAUCAAAAACAAAAAAAAAACUCCGUGGUCACGCGAAAACGUCAGCGAGGGAGAAACCUCAUAACCUCGUCUUAGUUUUUGUCGAGAAAUCUUACUCAACCUUGAAAACAUCAAUACAUUAAAUCGAGCAUCUAUAAGCUAAUUCUCUUUUCAAAACUAGGACAACACGAAAGCACACAUUCUCACCUUUUAAUCGCAAAGCGAGACUGAAAAAAAUCAACCAAACAAAUGUCACUAAACAACAAUCACAAUCAGCAACUGCCUCAAUUUGGAACUAAGAAGAUGACACUAAAAGGCCGAAAACCUGUAACAACUUCGAAAAGCAUUAGAUAAUGAAUAUUAUCAAUAGUCACGUUCACUUAAUAUAAGAUUGUACCCAUAUAGCGUAUAUGUUAUCAGCCGUUAUCAGUCUCAUAGUACGAUUAAUAAUACGAGCAGGAUAAGCCGACUUUCCAAGAACGCAUAUAGAAUCCUCACCUGGAAAACCAUGUACUAAGAUGAUGCCACAGUCCAGAUCAGUUGACUGUAGGGCAUAUAUCAGGGCAGUCUAGUCCUUCGGUAUUUGAUAAGUAAUAUACAUAUGCAUAUAUACGUUAAUGUCUAUUCCAUGAUAUCUUCAUACAUUUGUUCAUUAAUUCGUUCACGAUAAACUAGGCAAAAUCAUAGAAAGGGAUCGUCUAUUGACUGUUCGUUUGUAACAAUAACACGCUACUUGUAGCGUGUUAUUGUUACAAACGUACCAUCGUAGCGAACAAAGAUAGGUUGCAUCUACAUAAAGUGGGGAAUUUUAAAUCGCAAGAAGUGUAAGGAUAAUUUCGGUUGGUCAAAAAUAUCCUGUUAUAAUAUGUGUAAUUAUUACGGAAUAACAGAGAAUAAAAACUCUGUGGAGGAACAUGGAGUAUGUAUGCUGCUAAGUGACAUGCACACAGAAAACGCUGAUGCUGCAGUGAUGUAAAGAAAAAGGGUAUGAUGAAUAGUUUUACCCAUAGUGAAUUUCAAAUGAAUCUGAGUAUGAAUUUCGUUAGUAUUGGCGGCCAUUGAAAAACACCAAGCUAUAGAAUUACGUUAGAAUAUGACACUAGCAAUAUUUAGAACGAUUCAAUUCUACGUAAGUACAAUAUAAAAUAUAAUCAAAUUAUUAAUAAAUAUAUACAAUUAAAUACAUUGUCAUAAUAAAAUUAUCUAUGGAAAAACACUCUGGUAGUUGAGAGAUACUCUGAUAGGCCAAGAGAUAUGGAGCCUGUGGGUCACCUGGGGAAAAGCAGGAUCGUUUGUUACCGCCUGCGAGCAUUCAUUUAGUCUUCAAUAUUCGAACAGAUCGAAAAAAUCGUGAAAAUAAAACAAAUAACAAACGGCUGUGAACCGAAUGUCCGGUAUUCGCUGCAACAAUAACAUAAAGGAUGGGUCACUUUGAUUGGACGUCCGGGUCGCGGCGUUAAUAAUUGGUCUAUAGCAUGGGUCGAAAUGACGAGCAUAGCAAUGACCUGUGUCGGACUAGAUAAACACUGAAUGAAGGAUAAUAGGUGAAGACCUUGAAAUAGACUUCAGUAUACGACCAGCUUCUUCUUAUAGUCAGAUACGAUGUUUGACCUCGUACUUUCACAACUUCUGAUCAUAAAAAUAAAUUUAAGCUUAAUGGUAAGGCAUGAAGGGAAGCGUUGCCAGGUGAAUCAUUUCCGAAAGUGCGCUCGGUCUACUACUUUUCAACCAAAGAGAAUCAUGAGAGGCAAUGAAACUAGUUGAUUUUGGUCAGCAGCUGCUGACAUUUGUCGCCAUAUUUUUUCUUUCCCAGGAAGGAGAACAUUAAUAGCUACAACAGUACCAUAACAGCGACAGCAAAGAAACUUGUUAGUCUUAAUAGGGCAGAGAUGUUGCCUUGUUCUCCUGGUCGCGAGAGUUCUGUGGCAAUUUUCCUAUAAGUAAAAUGCCCUUCCGAUCCGACUGGAAAACGCAGAAGAUAGUGUAAAAAAGGAUAUCCAGUGGCCCCGAGCAUACGUUCCUAAAGGACGGAAGGCCCGCUUGUUUCUGUCGAAGAUUAACAUAUUGGAUUGAACCGCAAUGGCAGCAAAUAGCCACCGUUAGAAAUAACCGCUGCCAUCGAAUCAGUGGAUAGCCACGUACACGAGCAUAAGCAGAAACAAAUGCUGUCGUUGUGGGUACUUCUGCGGAUGAUUAGUUCAGCGAAAAGGAAGCUCUAUCGCAGAAUACCAGCGACCUUUUGCUCAGAGUCCUCAUGACAGAAGAAGCCGUAUCGACGACGGAACGGAUAUCCUAGGGUCCGUUCAACGAUCUGACAACUAACAAAUUUAUUGAUUUUGCCCAGUGCAAUCGGGCGUAUAGGAGAAAGGGCUCCUUUAAUGUCGGUAGCCCAAAAGCAAUGCAGUGGAAGUAGCUGUUUAUUGAACAGCCUUGAGCAGUCCGCCAUUUGGACGAUGAUUGCGACGACGGCGACAACUACAGUAACAAAAAAAUCAUAAUGGUACUAAUAAUAACACUAAAAUAACAAAUAAUAAGAACAAUAAUAACAACAAAAUUGCCUAUUAACAAUUAUAAGUACUAAUGGCUAUAAAGCAAACACGUAUGAAGUAAUAACAGACUAUGUAGAACAACUGCGUAUUGCCAUACUGUGUACUGGUUUUAUUAAUUGUUUGUUGGACGCAUUAGUAGCGAUUUUUUGUAAAUUUAUUAGCACACAUAGUGUCACAUUAUAUAAUUAAUUCUAACUAAUUAUCAUAAUUAACCCAAAUAAAAAAGAGGAGACUUUGUUGAUGAUUGAUAGAGCGAGCCUAGAACGAUAAGAGUUUGCAAGAGUUUACUGCGCAAUGUUUUUUUCUUAUUACUACUGUUCAUUGCAAUGUGUGGUAUUAUUGCCCCUGCGACAACGCGUUUAAUAAAGGCAGAUGGUGCUA